AUGCGGUGCGUGUGCUCCGACCCCUACACCAUGUUUUUUUCCUCCCGCCAUCGUUACAGGAGGCUGCUGCAGCGUGGCCUGCUCAGCGUAUGCGCGUUGGCGCUACUCGUUUCUGUGGUGUUCACCUAUGCCUCCGCCCCUGUGUACGACGCGAGCAACGUGAAGAUCAUCGUGGAAAACACGUUUGAUUCCACUCUGCGCAGCUCUCACAUUCAAGUGUGCGAGGCCAAGGGAGGUGUUCUGGUGCAAGACGUAUCGGACGCCAUUCACGAGGAGCUGGUGAACAAAAUGACGGCGGCGGGUGCAUUUAGCUACUGUGGCUACCUGGGAGGCUCGACGCUUCUGUCCUCCUCCGAGUGCACAACGUCCAAGGGAACGCUGAGCUGCAUUUGGUAUUGGGACCAAGGGCGGUACAGCGGUAUAGAGAACGCCUAUGCCUUUUACAAAGGCAACUACUUCCCUGCCUCGGGUAGCAACGGUGGCUUGGCCGGUGCGGGCAUGCUCAGCACGGACUCGAGUAACCACUGGACAAAAAAGAAUGGAGUGCAGGCAUACCCGGGAAAGAAGCGCCAGCGCUACGCGAUGCUGAUCCUUCCCCAAACGUCUUCAACGGCAGGUUGGAUGGACAGUAGUGAAACCUCGUUUUCGUACGGUGAUGCCCCGACGAACCGCUACUAUGCCAUGUGCCUCGUCGAGCCGGCAACAACGACCACGACGACCACCACGACAACGACGACGACCACCACGACGACGACGACCACCACCACCACAACGGCCACACCACCCACGACGGCAAUGCCUGUGAUUACCACAACUACAACCAAGACGCCUUCCACUACCACGACGCUGCCACCCACCACGAGCACGACCAGCGAACCGACGGCACAGGAGGAGAGCGACCAGAAUGUGACCAUGUGGGUCGGUAUGUCGAUCUUCCUUGUACUGGUGGCUGCCCUAGUUUUUGCCCUCAUCGUGGGCAGAGCGCGGCGGAAGGGCUGGUGUUGCUUUGCGGCCAAGGAGCCUGCGGCCGCGGCGUCAGUGACCUCGGGCAAGUUGGUUGCCCCAGCGGCGUCGUUGAACGAAAAGCCACGCAUGUCGCGGCGCACCAGCCUCGCGUCAAAGUCGUCCUUCCGCUCGAACGACAGUAGCAGUGAGACCGUACGCUCCUUUCACGUCGCCUCACCCAACAAGGAUCGUUCCGGGCGCCGGUCGAUUCUCCGAAACGAUGACGAACAUAUGGAGGACUCUCCACAGCGCCACAACUCCUGUUCUGGCGCCUGCAGCCAACACCUGGCGACUGAGGAGCUUGGCCCUAUUGCACCGGUGGAGAUGACGCCUUCCCGAUACUCGGAGCAGCUCACGGUUUCGACUCUGCCAGUGGAGCUAGCCCAACCGCCCCUCUAUAGCGAGCCGCUGAUGCAACAAUCGUUGUGGAACUCGCGGUCGUCUGAGCACCCAGACGAGCGCACCACGGAUACCCCGCGGCCACGACUGCGCCGCACCUCGAGCGUGAUCUUCAUUGACUAG